AUUUAGUCCUCCUUGAUCUCUCUUUCUUUCCCACUCAUUUUAUGCAAUUCUACUGGACAACUCGUACAUUCUUUUUAUCUGAUUCCUUGCGGUCCAGCACAGCUUUCGUUUGACAUAGAAAAGAAGAGAGAGAAGAUGGCACUGGGUACGUGGGAAACAAGCUACCCCUCAUUUCCUAACUUUGGAUGACAACAUCAUCUCCAGAUUGCUACGUGAAGAUGUUCUACCUUAGAGUUUUGGAGCUUGAUCUCCCUUCCUUAAAUCAAUCAAUUGCCAUUCAAUGGUUAAUAUGUUGAUCUUGAACAGUCACCGCUGCCACCGUGGCGGCCACAGCUGCUACAGCCAUGUAUCUUGAUGCAAAGCACGCUAUACGGAAAGACCUCACCGAACUACGAAGCCAGCAGAGGGCCAUGAAAAUGUACGCCGGAGCCAUUGAAAGCAACCGCCAAGCGCUAUAUUACCUCUUCGAAGAGUCCGUAAAGAGACGACUCAACGACGAGUGUCUAUGGUCUCGGGAAGGCUGCUACACCUGGGCGCAGACCUACGAGCGCGCCAAUCAAUGGGCGCAAUGGUACCUCUCUCAAGGCGUAAAGCCAGGUGACAUCAUCAGCUUCUACCUGAUGAACUCGCCAGAUUUUAUCUUCGCCUGGAUGGGACUCUGGGCGAUUGGCGCCGCGCCCGCAAUGAUCAACUAUAACCUUGCAGGGAAGGCGCUGCUCCAUUCUCUGGGGGUGGCGGGGUCGCAGAUUCUGUUGGUGGAUGGGGAAGAGGAGCUGGUGAAUAGGGUUGAGGAUGCGAGGGGGGAGAUUGAGAGGGGGUUGACGAUGAAGAUUUUUGUUUUGGAUCGGGAGUUCAAGGAGGGGAUUCGUGCGAUGAAGGCAGAGAGGCCGGAUGAUUCCUACAGAGAUGGGGUAAAGGGGAAUUGGCCUAUGUGCAUAUUCUAUACAAGUGGCACGACGGGCAUGGCGAAGGGUGUUCCCUUCAAUGUCGACAGAGGAUAUCAAGUAGGUGUUACAAGAGCAGCAGGCGGAAGUCGACUUCGAGACGAUGACCGAUGGUAUAACUGCAUGCCCAUGUAUCACGGCACUGGAGGCGCUUUGGCGGCCUCCCUGAUGAUGAAUGGAACAACCCUCUGCCUCGGAAAGCGGUUCAGCACCUCGAAAUUUUGGGGUGAGGUGCACGACUCCCGCGCUACAUGGAUAACGUACGUUGGAGAAACUGCCCGAUACCUGCUCGCAGCGCCGCCGUCGCCGCUCGAUAAGGACCACCACGUCCGAGGCAUGUACGGAAAUGGUCUCCGUCCAGACGUAUGGAUCAGAUUCCGCGAGCGCUUUGGAGUCCCCGAGGUUGGGGAGUUCUUUAACUCCUCGGAGGGCGUCUUCGGCCUUAUCAAUUACUGCAAUGGCGAUUACCUCGCGGGAUGUGUGGGCCAUCAUGGGGCCAUCAGUAGAUUCCUAAACAGGAAUACCAUGGUUCCUGUGCUCGUUGACCAGGCCACCGGUGCCAUUGUGCGAGAUCCCAAGACGGGAUUUGCACUCCGCCAGCCAUACGAAAGGGGCGGCGAGAUCAUCGUCGCUGUCCCGGACGUCAGCGUGUUCGCCGGCUACUACAAGAACCCGGAAGCGACGAUGAAGAAGUUUGAGAGAGACGUCUUCCAGAAGGGCGAUCUGUGGUAUCGAUCCGGUGACGCCUUGCGCAGGACUGACGACGGCCGCUGGUUCUUCCUGGACCGCUUAGGUGAUACCUUCCGCUGGAAGGGCGAGAACGUCAGCACCGCCGAGGUGGCCGAAGUCCUGGGCAGAUUCCCCGGCGUUGUGGAAGCCAAUGUGUAUGGGGUUGAGCUGCCCGCACACGAUGGCCGUGCGGGCUGCGCAGCCGUUUAUAUCGAUCCUAAUUUUAGAAGGGACUUCGAUUACGCCGGCCUCUUGAAGCACGCACGUACCCACCUCCCCCGCUACGCCGUCCCCAUCUUCCUACGCAUCGUGCAGGAAAUGACACCGAUCCAUAACAACAAGCAGAACAAGGUGCCUCUCCGCGCAGAAGGCGUCGAUCCCGCGAAAGUCAAGCCCGAGGAUAAGUUGCUCUGGAUCGAGCAUGGAAAGGGGGACACAUAUUCAGAGUUCCUGGAGCGGCACUGGGAGGAUCUGACGCGGGGAAGAGCGAAGUUGUAGAGUGGUUGAGUGAGUGGCUGCUUGGGAACUUUAAGGGGGGGUGGGGGGGGGGUCAUUUAUGGAUGGUGAGGUUGAGGAUUAUAGGAGGCAGGGGCUUCGGUUUGAUGGGAUGAUUGUUCUUUAAUUUGAUGGUUAUUCGCAGGAGGUAGAUAAGGUAGAUGAGAUCAGUGCACACGGAUCUUACUAUGUGAUUAAUCAAUCAUACCCAGCAAGAGUACGAAAGUAGCUACACCUUAAUUUCCAACCAGCUCUCAAUCACGGAACGAGUUCUGGGCUAUUAAGAGCUCUGGGUUUACGUUGGGAUGCAGGGCAGUAAAAAAAGAAGAGACUGGAAAAAAAGGGGGGGG